AAGAGCGCAUGCGCGCACCUGCUCGUUCUGAAUUGACUGUGAGGGCGCGGGCCCUGCUUGAUUUAUGUAGAAGACGGGUUCGCUUAAAUGCUUGUUUUUACACGACUUUCUUCUCCCUCUUCCUGUUUGUUUUGUUUUUUUUCCUUCGUUCCGGAGUUUGUAAAGUUUUAAUAAAGAAUCUCUUCAGAAGAAAGCCCAGGCAAUGUACUUGCACGCAUUCUUGAGAAGACUUGUUCUUCUGCUGGUCUGUGCAUUGGCUUGGUACCUGGGACAACUGGUUGCAAAUGUUUUGCCCCCAGAGGCCAUGUCAUUAGCAGCCAGUAGCAUUCAUAGUAUUUUGGAGCAACCUAUGUUGAGAGCACCAUCUCCUAAACGACAGAAGUGCGAUCAUUGGACACCUUGCCCUCCAGAACAUUUUGCCUAUCGGAUACUAAGUGGUGCAAAUACAAUGAAGCAUCCCAAAAUCUGUUUUGAAGAUGAACUCCUAAUGGGGGAGGAGAAAGGUAACACAGGAAGAGGAAUGAAUGUUGCAAUAGUGAAUGCAAUAUCUGGGAAAUUGCUUAAUGCAAAAAGUUUUGACAUGUGGGAAGGAGAUUUUGCUGUAACAAUGCUUCAGUUUAUGAAGGAUAUCCCCGAAAAUUCUAUUGUCUUGAUGGCAACCCAUGAUGAAGGAAGUACCAGGCUAUCCAGUGAUAUUAAGACAGAGAUUACCAAUCUUGGGAGUAAGGAGAUUCAGAAGAUUGCUUUUCGAUCAAGUUGGGUGUUUAUAGGAGCAAAAGGAUUUGUGCUUCCUUCUAACAUCAGAUCCGAACAGAUAAAUCAUUCUGACCAACAUAAAAACAGGUAUAAUGGCUGGCCAGCAGAAGUCCAAAUAGAAGGCUGCAUUCCAAGGGCAUAUCAGUGAAGUUACUAUUGUGGCAAUUCUGAUUCAGCAAAGUUAGAAAAACACUAUUAAUAUUCCAGAUGCUACAUGAAUUUGUCUUUACUAAGGGUGAAACUGCACUGCCAUGCUGCCUUUGGCCCUCACCAAACUCAGGAAUUAAUGUUUAAUUUUAAAUGUGUAUCUGUUAUAUGGAGCAGACCUUGAAAAUGUUCAGAAGUAAAUGAAGACGUACAAUAUAUUGUUACUGUUCUGAUCUUAAAUCAUCUGACUUUAAACAAUGUUUUGGUGUUUAUAUACAAUACAGUGAUUCCAAGAUGCUGUUGAACAUAAGUGUCUAAAAUAAUUAACAGAUACAUUUGUGGGUACUGUUCACACAACAUAAGAUUAACAAUCUGUAUUUGCAUUUCAAAAAAUUCAGCCAUUGUCAAUUAAAAAAAUAUUACCUCACUAAUUCCUACAUAUUUGUUUUUCUUUGAUGUCAAAGUAAAAAUGAGAUACAACAUUUUGCUCAAAAUAUUUGAUUUGUGCAAAGUGUCCAAGGCUGUCGUGGAUAUAUCUGGGUCAACAAGUAAAUUAGUACCUCAAUAAUAGUCAUUGGCAGAUGAAAUGCCAAAACUGAAACCAUUCAGCUAAACCCAGCUGUGGAUUAUAUACUUCAUAUACAGUGCCUUGAAAACAUAUUCAGCCCCGUCACCUUUUUCCACAUAAAUGAUUUCUAAAAUCCUUGGAUUUUUGAUUAAUUUGAUUUUUUUUUUCACAAUGCUGUCAAAAAAAAGAGAGAACUGUAAGCAUUAAAAAUUGAAUUUCAAAAACUGAAUUGAAAACAGUUUGUAAGAAUGCAUCACUUUGUUCAGUUAUUGGUUGUACCACAGCUCACACUUACAACAGUUAGAAGUCUUUUUGGACAAGUCUGUAUUACGUUUGCACAUGAUAUAGGAAGAUUUGGCCCAUUUCAACCUUGCAAAAUUACUCAAUCUGUGUCAUGUAAGUUGGGGAGUGGAGAUGGACAGCAAUGUUUAUAUUGAAAAACAAAGUUCCUCUCCAGUUUACAUUUUUUUGGCAGAGGAGAGCAGGUCUUCUUUCAGGAUUUGUCUGUAUUCUGUAGCAUUUUCUCCCCAUCAUUCCUCACCAGAGUGCAACUCCCUGCUGCUGCUGAAAAGUGUCUCUACAACAUGAUUCACAUCAGCUGGCCGAUGUGUAGUGUAGUGUGUAUGCGACUUCUAAAACCAGUUGUUUGCUCCAGUGAUGAUUUAGAUGUCAUAUUACACAAUCAGUUGUUUUGUAUUUUAGAUUUGUAAUUAAUGUAAACCACUUUCCCUUUUCACAUUCACUUCAUUAAAGAGUAUUUUUUUGUUGCUCACUACCAAAAUAAACAAAAAAAUAAAUCCACCGUGAUUCAAUGUUCUUUAACAGAGUUUUUCAACCCAAUGGGCCGUGGAAAUAAUAGUGUGGCUCACCUGGGUCUGAACCUGAGAGGGACAAGCUCCUUGGGUGGUGUUGACAUGAAUGUAAAUAUACUCUCAUUUGUAGACUUUGUAUAAAUAUAUGUAAAUGACGUUUUGGUGGUGACCAAAGGGUGGCAGUAGUGAGCUAAGUUUGUUAAUAAAGUUUUUCAGUUUUUUGUAUGCCUGAGA